UCAAACAAACCUUGCUUCGACAACCCAUCACCUCAACCCUCAUCAAACCGACGACCGCUCGCAAGAUGCAUAUCGAGUCAAUUCCUAUGUGGGUCGGUAGUGGAAACAACUAUGCCUACCUGGUCACAGACGACAAGACGAAGGAGGCUGUCAUCAUCGACCCGGCCAACCCAUCCGAAGUCCUACCCAGCUUGAAGAAGGCUACAGAUGCAGGUAGCAAGUUGACAAACAUCAUCAACACGCAUCAUCAUCACGAUCAUGCAGGCGGCAAUGUUGAGAUUCUGAAAUCCUACCCUCUCCCCAUCAUUGGCGGCAAGGACUGCACGAAAGUCACCAAGACCCCGGCGCACAACGAGACAUUCAACAUCGGCAGCAUCAAAGUUAAGGCUCUGCACACUCCUUGCCACACACAGGAUAGUGUUUGCUUCCUCUUCGAGGAUGGAGACGACAAGGCUGUGUUCACGGGUGACACAUUGUUCAUCGGAGGAUGCGGCCGUUUCUUCGAAGGGUCCGCUCAAGAGAUGGACACAGCGCUGAACAAAGUCCUCGGCGCUCUGCCGGACGAUACCAAGGUCUACCCUGGCCACGAAUACACCGCUGGCAAUGUCAAAUUCGGAAUCAAAGUCCUGCAAUCCGAACCCGUCAAAGCGCUCGAGAAGUUCACCAAGGAGAACAAGCAGACGCAGGGCAAGUUCACAAUUGGAGAUGAGAAGAAGCACAAUGUCUUCAUGAGAUUGGAUGAUCCGGAGGUGCAGAAGUAUACCGGGAAGACGGACCGAGUGGACGUCAUGUCCGCGUUGAGGGAGGCGAAGAACAACAUGUAGAACGAUGGUGCACAUGUGUGUUAGAACGUCACAAGGCUCCACGGUACUUCAGUAGCGAGCACUUGAACAGAAAGGCACAACAGGAGACGUUGAUCAUGUAACGAGUUUCCAAGCUAUCAUUCCUCUAAACGUCGUUGUGUCUCA